GCUAAUUAAGCAGUUCCUCUCUUUCCCAGAACAGUCACCAUCCUCUAGAAACUCCUCCUCCUUUCCUCCGCGUUUCCUCUUCAUUCCCCCACUACCAAUUCGUCCCCCCAUUUGCGUUUUCCACCCCACCUUCCUUCUUUCCCGAGAAACAAACAUCCCCAAUCGCCAUGAAUCCUCAGCAGCAGCCACCUGCGCCGCAGAGCCCUCUGGAUCCCGACAACCCGCAGCUCCCCACCAUCAAGAUCCACCACCCUUCCUCCCCUCGCCACCCCCACCACCACCAUCACCACCACCACUCCGUCGCUCCAACUCCCACCGCCGGCGCCCGCCGCAAGAUCGGCGUCGCUGUCGACCUCUCCGACGAGAGCGCAUACGCCGUCAAGUGGGCCGUCGACCACUACCUCCGCCCCGGCGAUGCCGUUAUUCUCCUCCACGUCAGCCCCACCUCCGUCCUCUUCGGCGCUGAUUGGGGCCCACUCCCCUUGUCCACUCCCACCCACACCCUGAUCCACCCUUUCCGCCCCGGCGGCGGCGACCUCAACGCCGACAGCACCAAUCCCCCGCCGCCGCCCCCGCCCAGCGAUCACGGCAGCGAUUCCGAUAGCUCCUCGCGGGGACAGCCGCUGCAGCCGCGCCAGGGUGAGGAAGACUACGAUGUCUUCACUGCUGCCAAGGCUUCUGAUCUCUCGAAGCCCCUGAAAGACGCGCAAAUCCCCUUCAAGAUCCACAUAGUGAAGGACCAUGACAUGAAGGAGCGGCUGUGCUUGGAGGUGGAGAGGUUGGGACUGAGUUGUGUGAUCAUGGGCAGCAGAGGGUUCGGAGCUGCCAAGCGAGGCAGGGAUGGCAGGCUUGGCAGUGUCAGCGAUUACUGUGUGCAUCACUGCGUUUGCCCCGUUGUGGUGGUCAGGUACCCUGAGGACAAGGAUGAAGCUGAUGGUGAUGCUGUCGGCGAGCCCGUCGUCAAUGUGCAUAUGCACGAGGACGAAGAGGAAGUGCCACAUCGCAAAGAGGCAUAGAGCUGGACUGCCGAGCUAUUGAAGCUGUUUGGGGUGCCCCGACGGAGAGUUCAAUAGAUGCUCCAAGUGCGAAAAUGCUGGAGAGAAUGAGCUAAAUAGUAGAUGUAGUAGAAGAAUGCUUGAGUUUUGUCUCCUUUCCUCUACUCUCUUGUAAGAAAGUGUUUGGAAAAGGGUUUUGCUGCCACUCUUAAGUGAGAUGUUUGUGUGGCAGAUGAAUGGUUGGUUGUGUGUUUCUGAAGACACUUUUACGUUUUGUUGUGGUAGGUUGGACUAUGAACAAAGUCUUAAAACUGGA